AUGGCAAAGAAUGAUGAAAAGACAAGUGUUACCCGACUGGCAAUAGUUAAUCCUGAGUUGUGUAAGCCUUCACAGUGUGCUUCUGAAUGCAAGAAGGCAUGCCCUGUAAAUAAAACAGGGCGAGAAUGUAUUAGGAUAGCACGAAAGUCUGAGAUAUCCGAAAUCCUGUGUAUUGGAUGCUCAGCAUGCCAGAAAAAGUGUCCUUUCAAAGCAAUCACAAUAAUAAAUCUUCCCACAAGCCUAGAUAAGGAAAUAUCGCAUAGAUAUGGAGAGAAUGGCUUCAAAGUGCACAGGCUUCCGAUUCCAAAGCCUGGAAAGGUUCUCGGACUUGUUGGGACAAACGGAAUUGGAAAGAGCAGUGCAUUGAAGAUCCUCUCUGGAGAGAUAAAGCCAAAUCUUGGAGAUUACAAGAAUGUGCCCUCAUGGGAGCGGAUUCUCAACCACUACAAAGGUUCCGAGCUGCAAGGAUACUUCAACAAAGUAAUUGAGGGACAGCUGAAGAUAACAUCAAAAAUCCAAUACAUAGACCGGCUUCCAAAGCUAUUGAAGAGGAAGUUUGGAGUGGAAAUCAAAGGCAAGCUGGAAAAGCUUACGCUGAGCGAGGAUGUGAAUGGAAGUGCAAAAGGCGAGCCAGAUAUGCCCGAAAGUAAACUACUUGUUAUUGACGUAAUAAAUGAAAUGGACCAGCGAGGCAAAAAGGAGCACUACAUCGAUGCAAUGUGCCUCCGGAACAUCCUCCACAGGGAUGUUGAAGAACUGAGCGGGGGAGAAUUGCAAAGGUUUUCUUUGGCUCUGGCAUUUAUGCAAGAAAGUGAUGUUUAUAUAUUUGACGAGCCGUCCAGCUAUCUUGAUGUCAAGCAGAGGCUGUCUGCAGCAAAGGAGAUCAGAGGGCUCUGCGAAGAAAACAAGUAUGUGAUCGUUGUUGAGCACGACCUUGCGAUCUUGGACCUUAUGAGCGAUCUUGGAUGUGUGCUGUAUGGGCAGCCGGGAGCAUAUGGAGUGAUUACAACACCAUACUCAAUCAAGUCUGCAAUUAACAUCUUCCUAGACGGAUACAUUCCAACAGAAAACAUGAGGUUCAGACCUUCGGAACUCAAGUUCGACAUUUCUGAACGGCCCACGGAUUCACUGGACAGGAAGAACCAGUACUUCUAUGAAGCAAUGAAAAAGACAUAUGGCGAGUUUUCGCUCCAUGUCAGUGCUGGGGCAUUCAAUGACUCCGAAAUAAUUGUGUUUCUAGGUGAGAAUGGCAUGGGGAAGAGCACACUGGUGGGCUUGAUAGCAGGUAUUCUAAAGCCAGACAACGGUGAGGAAUUUUCAAAGCUCAGCUGCAGUCUCAAACCACAGAAAAUCCUUCCAAAGUUCAGAGGAACUGUCCGAGAGCUGUUAUCUGCAAAAAUCAGGUCGUCGUUCAUCAAGCCAUCGUUCAUCAACGACGUCAUCAAGCCACUGUGCAUUGAGUACACAUACGACCAGCAAGUGCAGAAUCUUAGCGGAGGAGAGCUGCAGAGAAUUGCAAUUGCAAUAUGCCUUGGCAAGGAAGCAAAUAUAUAUUUGAUUGACGAGCCCUCUGCAUUCCUCGACUCUGAUCAGCGGAUAGCAAUAUCAAAGGUUAUAAAACGGUUCAUCUACUCAAACAACAAGAUCGCAUUUGUUGUUGAGCACGACUUGAUAGUCGGGACGUAUCUUGCAGACAAGGUGAUAGUAUUCGAGGGCGAGCCAGGGGUUUCCAGCACAGCAACACCUCCCAUGGAUCUUUUGAACGGGAUGAACGCAUUUCUUAAGAGCCUGGAUGUUACAUUCCGUAGAGAUCCGGCAAAUCUUAGGCCAAGAGUCAACAAGCCAGGAUCUGCAAAGGACAGAGCACAGAAAGAGAGCAGCCAGUACUUCUUCUCCUGA